AUGAUUGGCCUGACGCAAGUGCUGGCUAUCCUAGCUUUGGCUAGUCUCUCGUUGGCUGUAAAGACGUCCAGCCAGCUCAUUUCGCUUCAUGAGGAAAACUGGAUGGACAUAAUGAAAGGCGAAUGGAUGGUUGAAUUCCACGCUCCAUGGUGUCCCGCUUGCAAGGAUCUGCAAAAAGCGUGGAACGCAUUUGCUGAUUGGUCAAGAGAUCUCAAUAUCAAAGUGGGAGAGGUCGACGUAACUGUUAAUCCUGGUCUAUCUGGCCGCUUCUUGGUUACUGCUCUUCCCACAAUAUAUCAUGUGAAGGACGGUGUCUUCCGCGUUUACUCGGGACCAAGAGACAAGAAUGACUUUAUUACCUUCAUUGAAGACAAGCGAUGGCGCAAUAUCGAUCCUGUUCCUGACUAUAAGCAUCCUAACAGCAAGCAAAUGGCUGUCGUUGCCGUAUUCUUCAAGCUGUCCAUGGCAGUUCGUGACCUGCACAACCACCUUGUGGAGGAUAAAGGCGUACCCUCAUGGGCAUCAUAUUCUCUGUUUGCCGGUGUCACUCUUGCUCUUGGAUGCAUUCUUGGCUUCUUCAUUGUUCUGAUUAUUGAUCAAGUUUUCCCCACUGGGAAGAAAAGUGUGGCUCAGCCGAAGAAGGAAACCAAGAAGGAUUCGAAUGGUGGAACAAAGAAAGCGGAAGACGCGAAGAAGAAAGAGAACAGCUCACCGAAGCCAGAAACGAAAAAGUCCAAGUAA